AUGGGCGCGCAGGCCGGGGCGCUGCUGCUCGCGCAACUGUUGGUGGUGGACGGGGUGCGCCUGCCUCCCGCAGCUCAGCCUGGUGUCCAUCUGUCCAUCCCAGGGCCAUGUGGCCAACGGACUGUCCCGACACGCAUAGUGGGUGGAAAGGACGCAGAGCUUGGGCGCUGGCCGCGGCAGGGCAGCCUGCGCCUAUGGGGCUCCCACUACUGCGGAGCAAGCCUGCUCAACCGCCGCUGGGUGCUCUCGGCCGCGCACUGCUUCCAAAACAACAGAGAUCCCUAUGAAUGAUCGGUCCAGUUUGGCGAGCUGUCUGUCACACCAUCCGUUCGGAACCUGCAAGCUUAAAACCGUUACAACGUGGAGCAGAUCUUUUUGAGCCCCAGGUAUCUGGGGGCUGCAUCAUAUGACAUUGCCCUGCUGAAGCUGUCCUCCUCCAUUACCUACACCAAGUACAUCCAGCCCAUCUGUCUCAUGGCUUCCUCCUCUGAGUUUGAGAACCAGACUGACUGCUGGGUGACCGUCUGGGGGGACAUCGAAGAAGAUCAGGCACUGCCAUCUCCCUACACCCUCCAGGAAGUGCAGGUUGGCAUCAUAAACAUCACCAUGUGUAACCACCUGUUCUCACUGUCUGAUUUCCGCCGUGACAUCUGGGGAGACAUGGUUUGUGCUGGCAACCCUCAAGGUGUCAAGGAUUCCUGCUUUGGUGACUCAGGCAGACCCUUGACCUGUGAAAAGAAAGGGUUGUGGUAUCAGGUUGGAAUCGUGAGCUGGGGAGUGGACUGUGGAAGAACCAACCGGCCCAGUAUCUACACCAACAUCAGUGCUCACUACAAGUGGAUCCGAACGGUUUGGGCCAAAAACACCAUUUACAGGCCAGACUCCUGCCCAUUGCUGUUGCUCUUCCCUCUGCUCUGGGCUCCCCCAUUCCUACAGUUGGCCUGA